UUUUGGAUAUACAAAAAAAAAAAAUAAAACAAGAUCAAAAUGGAUUACAAACACGAUCUCAAUUCGGACGACGACUUCGACUGCUCGAAUGGAUAUAGCGACAGCUAUGGCAGCAACGGACGCAUGUCCAAUCCCAAUGGAUUAUCCAAGGCCGAGCUGAGAAAGACCAACAAACCCAUUAUGGAGAAACGUCGCAGGGCUCGCAUUAAUCAUUGCCUGAACGAGCUGAAAUCCCUCAUACUGGAGGCCAUGAAGAAAGACCCGGCACGCCAUACCAAACUGGAGAAGGCCGACAUACUCGAGAUGACGGUGAAGCAUUUGCAGUCUGUGCAGCGCCAGCAGCUGAACAUGGCCAUCCAGACGGACCCCGGAGUGGUGCAGAAGUUCAAGACGGGCUUCGUCGAGUGCGCCGAGGAGGUGAAUCGCUACGUCAGCCAGCUGGACGUGGACACGGGUGUGCGUCAGCGGCUGAAUGCCCAUCUGAACAACUGUGCCAACAGUCUGGAGCAGAUUGGCUCGAUGAGCAACUUCAGCAGCGGAUAUCGGGGCCAAAUGGCCGCCGGACUGUUCCCAGCCGCCGUGGGUGGCGUUGCCGCCGCCGCCGCUCCCCUAUUCCCCUCACUGCCACAGGACUUGAACAACAACAGUCGGACGGAGACCACUCCGCCAUCCAUACAAAUGGGUGGCCUCCAGCUGAUCCCCUCACGCUUGCCAUCCGGGGAGUUUGCCCUGAUAAUGCCCAAUACGGCGGGAGCGACGGCUCCGCCAGCCGGACCAUUUGUCUGGCCAGGCACAGCGGCCACGGCGGGAGGCCCGGCCAGCGCCGCCUUGGCCAACAUUGCGAAUCCCACCCAUCUCAUCGACUACGCACAGAGCUUCCGACUGAGCGCCUUCAGCAAGCCUCCCAGUGCGGCUGCACCCACUGGCCAGAUCCCAAGCCACACACAGAUCCCGGCUCAGACACAGCUGCCGGUGAAGAACAGCAGCAACACUCCCACCAGCAGUCCCCCCCUGAGUCCCAUCUCGUCGAUGUCCAGCCAUGGCGAUGAGUCCCGGGCCGCCUCGCCGACCGUCGAUAUUCUGGCCAAGCACAGUUUCGCCGGUGUCUUCUCCACGCCGCCGCCGACCAGCGCCGAGACAUCGUUCAACACGAGCGGAUCGCUCAACCUGAGCGCCGGCAGCCACGACAGCAGCGGAUGCUCGCGCUCCCUGGUCCACUUGCAGCAGCAGCAAGUGAGCUCCACCAGCGGAUCAGCGAAGCGGGAACGGGAGGCAGAGGUGGAGGCGGAGCCGGAGGCCGAUUCUAGUGACUGUUCGUUGGACGAACCCUCGUCUAAGAAGUUCCUGGCCGCGGCCAUCGACAAGUCCAGCUCCGCCUGGAGGCCCUGGUAG